AGCGGUGAGGCGGUGGAGGUGGCUGAGUCGCUGGUGGCAGAGGCGAAGGCGACAGCUCCAGGGGGUGGCAGCGGCCCCGAGAGCAGAAUGCGGGUCCGGCUCGGGCUGACGCUGCUGCUCUGCGCGGUGCUGCUGGGCACGGCUUCGGCGUCCUCGGAUGAAGAAGGCAGCCAAGAUGAAUCCUUAGAUUCCAAGACUUCUUUGCCAUCAGAUGAGUCAGUAAAGGACCACACCACUGCAGGCAGAGUAGUUGCAGGUCAGAUAUUUCUUGAUUCGGAGGAGUCAGAAUUGGAAUCCCCUACUCAAGAAGAGGAAGACAGCCUCACAAACCAGGAGGGCGAAAGUGUCACAGAAGAAAUCAGCUUUCUAGAAUCUCCAAAUCCAGAAAACAAGGACUAUGAAGAACCAAAGAAAGCACGGAAACCAGUUUUGACCGCCAUUGAAGGCACAGCACAUGGGGAACCCUGCCACUUCCCUUUUCUUUUUCUGGAUAAGGAAUAUGAUGAAUGUACAUCAGACGGGAGGGAAGAUGGCAGACUGUGGUGUGCUACAACCUAUGACUACAAGGCAGAUGAAAAGUGGGGCUUCUGUGAAACUGAAGAAGAGGCUGCUAAAAGACGGCAAAUGCAGGAAGCAGAAAUGAUGUAUCAGACUGGAAUGAAAAUCCUCAAUGGAAGCAAUAAGAAAAGCCAAAAAAGAGAAGCAUACCGGUAUCUUCAAAAGGCAGCAGGCAUGAACCAUACCAAGGCCCUGGAGAGAGUGUCAUAUGCUCUUUUGUUUGGCGACUACCUGACACAGAAUAUCCAGGCAGCUAAAGAGAUGUUUGAGAAACUGACUGAGGAAGGCUCUCCCAAAGGACAAACUGCUCUUGGCUUUCUCUAUGCCUCUGGACUUGGUGUUAAUUCAAGUCAGGCAAAGGCCCUUGUAUAUUAUACUUUUGGAGCUCUUGGGGGCAAUCUGAUAGCCCACAUGGUUUUGGGUUACCGAUACUGGGCUGGCAUCGGGGUCCUCCAGAGUUGUGAAUCUGCACUGACUCAUUAUCGUCUUGUUGCCAAUCAUGUUGCUAGUGAUAUAUCACUAACAGGAGGCUCAGUAGUACAGAGAAUACGGCUGCCUGAUGAAGUGGAAAAUCCAGGAAUGAACAGUGGAAUGCUAGAAGAAGAUUUGAUUCAGUAUUACCAGUUUCUAGCUGAAAAGGGUGAUGUACAAGCACAGGUUGGUCUGGGACAGCUGCAUCUGCAUGGAGGGCGUGGAGUGGAACAAAAUCAUCAGAGAGCAUUUGACUACUUUAAUUUAGCAGCUAAUGCUGGCAAUUCACAUGCUAUGGCCUUCUUGGGAAAGAUGUAUUCAGAGGGAAGUGAUAUUGUACCUCAGAGUAAUGAGACAGCUCUUCACUACUUUAAGAAAGCUGCUGACAUGGGCAACCCAGUUGGACAGAGUGGGCUUGGAAUGGCUUACCUCUAUGGGAGAGGAGUUCAAGUUAAUUAUGAUCUGGCACUGAAGUAUUUCCAGAAAGCUGCUGAACAAGGCUGGGUGGACGGGCAACUGCAACUUGGGUCUAUGUACUAUAACGGCAUUGGAGUCAAGAGAGAUUAUAAACAGGCCUUGAAGUAUUUUAAUUUAGCUUCUCAGGGAGGCCAUAUCUUGGCUUUCUAUAACUUAGCACAGAUGCAUGCUAGUGGCACAGGUGUGAUGCGAUCAUGUCACACUGCCGUGGAGUUGUUUAAGAAUGUGUGUGAACGAGGCCGUUGGUCUGAGAGGCUUAUGACUGCCUAUAACAGCUAUAAAGACGGCGACUACAAUGCCGCAGUGAUCCAGUACCUCCUGCUGGCCGAGCAAGGCUAUGAAGUGGCACAAAGCAACGCAGCCUUCAUUCUCGAUCAGAGAGAAGCAACCAUUGUAGGUGAGAAUGAAACUUAUCCCAGAGCUUUGCUACACUGGAACAGGGCUGCCUCUCAAGGCUAUACUGUGGCUAGAAUUAAGCUUGGCGACUACCAUUUCUAUGGAUUUGGCACUGAUGUAGAUUAUGAGACUGCAUUUAUUCAUUAUCGUCUGGCAUCUGAGCAACAACACAGUGCACAAGCUAUGUUUAAUCUGGGAUAUAUGCAUGAGAAAGGACUGGGGAUUAAACAGGAUAUUCACCUUGCAAAACGUUUUUAUGACAUGGCAGCUGAAGCCAGCCCAGAUGCACAAGUACCAGUCUUCCUAGCACUCUGCAAACUGGGUGUUGUCUAUUUCUUGCAGUACAUACGGGAAACAAAUGUUCGAGAUAUGUUCACCCAACUUGAUAUGGACCAGCUUUUGGGACCUGAGUGGGACCUUUACCUCAUGACCAUCAUUGCAUUGCUGUUAGGAACAGUUAUAGCCUACAGGCAGAGGCAACACCAAGACAUGCCAGUACCCAGGCCCUUAGGGCCUCGGCCAGCUCCACCCCAGCAGGAGGGACCACCAGAGCAGCAGCCACCACAAUAACAGCCACUGUGUCCAGCUUUGAUCAGUGACAACUAAGGAAGUUGUUUGCUGAGAACACUUGCAUUUGAUUUAGGACUUUGGAUCAGUGGCCACCUCCUGGAAGAGGCACAAGGAAGCAUCGAAUUACUAAAGCUGCUUAGAAUCUGAUGCCUUUAUUUUCAGGGAUAAGUAACUCUUACCUAAACUAAAUUGAAUGUUUGUUUCAGUGCCAUAUGGAAUAACAACUCUCAGUGGCUCUCCUUUCUUUUUUUUCUUUUUCUUUUUUUUUUCUUUCUGGAAACUUAUGUGAGGCACUCAAAGUAAUGUCUACUGUAUUCAGCUUUCUUUCUUGGGUCCUGCUGGUUAUUCUCUCAAUAUGCAUAAGUUCUUAUAUUAACCAUCUUUAAGAUCUUAUGCAUCAACACUAAAAACUAAUCCUUGUAAGAAGGAAAACCCAGUUAGUUGCAAGUUUAACUUUAAACAUGUUUGAAAGUCUCAAAAUAGAACUUGCCUUUUAAGUUUAAAAAAAAAAAAAGAAAGAAAAAAAGAGAAAAGAUGAUUUCGAAGUGUUUUGGAGCUACAAAAACUGAAAAACUUUUACCAGUCCACAUGCAACUAUACAUGUUGAGCAUAUUCAUUAUUUUGAAAGGAAAGUUUGGGAGGUUUCUUAUUAUUGGUCAUUGUCACACUUUAUACCAUACAUCUCUCCUUCAAAGACUGACAGGCCUUGUUAGAGUUUUUUGUGAACUUCACUUCUUUGGAAUGGAAUAUAUAUAUAAAACUUUGUGAACUGACUCCUUGCACUAACAUUUGAAUUUACCCCACCUACUCAGUAUAAUUUGCUUGUUUGCUUUGAGUAUAGAGAGCCUUGAUCCGGAAGCCAGAGGAUGGACUAAAUGGAAGAAAUUAAAAAACAAUAUUAAAGAACUCUGGAUGGGGAACCAAGAUCAUAGAUACACUUUCCCAAAAGUUGAAGCAUUUGUUUCCAGGAUUUAUUUUACUUUGUAUUUCUUAUUGCACAAAGACCAGAUCACCCUCCUGAAUUCUUUAAAUAUGAAAUAUUGUUGUCAGGAAAUGACAUACCGUGACUACCAUUAUAAUACUAAAACUCAGAGAAUCAAAGAUGGAAUAAACUCAGUGGUUGAUGAAAGUCAAAGCCAUACCAUUCUGUACUGUUCAGAUAGCUUCUGAUCUCUGACAGUUUUAUGUUACAGGAGAAACUCAGCCACUUGUUUAGCUACAUGUUCACCAUCCUCCCACUAUUAACAUCAGGAAAAUCAAGGCUACUACAAUUCAGAAUUGUCUGAUUAAAUAGUGAGGAGAAAAACAACAAAAAAGAAAACAGAACUUCACAUAAUCAUACAAAUGAAAGAAUUAAACUGAAUUCAUAGUUCUUUUUACUGUCAAACGGUAGUGUUCACCAGCCAAUAUCUAGUCUGAUGCUGCUUUAAUAUCUAAGCAGGCUUUCUAUGCCUGCUGACAUUAGACUGUUUGUAUUAACAUUUAUACUUUUUUCCCAUAAUCCCUCAUCUGCCAGAAAACUUGAAGAGUUUAUUACUUGUAGAGUUGUAAUGCUUUGGUUUUUGAAGUUAAGGAUUUAUUUUGAACUAGGUUUAAUGAAGGUUUUAAAUGUGAAGUUGUAUACUUUUUGUGUGUUCAGAGUAUUAUGGGAAACCUGGUGAGCAAACUUUCCCCCAGAUAAUUGCUUCCAAAUUUGAAGAGGUGGUGACAGAGAGAAUCAUAUGUAUUAAAGUAUAUCUCUGAAAGGUAGGAAAUUUUACCCUCAUAAGUGUAGUGUCGCUUUGGGCAGCUCUUGUGAAUAUUACUUGUUUGGUCUCUUACACUUAGAGAUUUGAAUACAGUUGGAAAGUAUGUCAGUGUCUUCAUCACUGCUGCUUCUCUCCCCUUCGAAAUAAGUAUAAUCCAUUGUAGCAGCCAAACUUCAUUUAGAAGGAACUGGUUUAAUUUAUUUGAAAGCUGAAAACUCUCUAAGAUGACUAUCUAUCACCUUCCAUUUCUUUCCUCUGCCAUCCACACAAUUUCUCCUUUAGCAGCAUUUUUAUAUAUCUUUACUUCCUUCCUUUAGUACUUUCAGAAAAUAUUUCUUAAGACUGGAUGGGAAAGUGGAGUCUUGUUCUUCAUGUAAUAACAAACUUCCUGUUAGUUUACCUCGUGCCAUGUGAUUUUUAUUAUUAUUACUGUUAGUAUUCUAGAUAUCCUUUUCUUGUCUUGUUCUUACCUCCUGUUUUGCCCUGGGUCAUUUGCUACCAGAAAUUUGGAUGGUAAAUAUAAAGUAACUUAGUUCUUAUGGCUUCAUUUAAAGACGGCCUCAAAAUAUUUUGCUUCCUUUUUCUUUUUUGUUCAUGGGACAUGGUACCUAAGCAAAUAGGAAUUGGGUUUGGUUUUUCUCCCAAAAUAAUACUCAAUAUUAACCUAAUCAAAUGGCAUCCAUUUGAAUAAAGUGACAAUAACUAAAGCUAGUUAAUGUCAGUGACAUUACACUAACUCCAGGAUUCAGGAGUUUUAAUGUUAGAAUUUAGACUUAACAGAGUGUGGCUUCAUUUCUCCAUGGUAGCCCAUCUCUCCUGAUACCUUUUAUAGUCUGUCUUCUUGCCUUCAAAAGUGACGACAGUGGUACUCUAUUUAGCUUAUAUUCACUUGUGCAUUUGGUUUAUUGGUUAGCCAGCUGUUUCAGAGUCUUGAGACUAUCCAUUUCGCUUCUAUUUUAUUUUACAAAGGUAGCAUUGGUGGGUUAUUUUUUUUUCUUUUUAUGUUUAAAGUUUUUCUGUUUUCUGGAUAAGGCUUAUUUUUGAUUAAUAGUCAAUGGCACAGUUAAAGUAAAUCAAAGCCUUCUUUUUUAAAAAUUCAUUAUUUAGCACUUAACUAAGAUUAACUUAUGAAUCAUUAAUCUUGACGCUCUUAAGGAUUUGUUACCCUUCUGCAUAUAAGGUUAAUUUUUGAGAGUUUUACCACUAUGCUGUUUUAUCUCUGUACCACUGGGAAGUUUUAGAAACUUUCCACCAGUGAUCUGAUGAUGAUUUGAUAAUUUAUUUAAUUAAGGAGUUGCUGAUGCCUCCAGGAAACUAAAGUAUUUUACAUAUAAGAUUUUUUUUUUUUUUGGCUUUCUCACUCCCUUCUUUGCUCUUCAUGUUUGUUCUUCAAACCAAUGUUUUGGAAGUAUGCAUGCAUGCCUACAAAUGAAAACCAUCAUUCUCCAUGUGUGUAGCAUGUGUCUUAAUGUCUAACUACAUAUGCAAAAACUUCCUUUACAGAGGUUUGGACUAACAUUUCACAUACACAUUUGAAAAUAAUAUGCUUCAGGUAGACAGUCCCUUUACCUGCCAAGAAGAGCAGGAAUAUAUUUGCUCCAAUGACAGAUGGUAUUUGUUUUAAAAGUGAAUCUAAUAUAUGUCACAUAUUAUAUUACUAUAUAUAUAUGACUGGAAGUAUGCAGUAAAUCAGAGCAGAAAAAAACUAUUUUCAUGCAAAUACUUUUCAUCAGUCAUUGCUCUAAAAUAUAAGUGAAGAUAACAAAAUUUCUGAAUGUCAUAUUGUCUGAGACACUACCUGAUUUUUAAAUGUGUAGUAUUCAUUGAAAAGAAGCUAAAUUUCUCCAUCCACUUAGUAUUUCAAGGAAAUUAAAACGAUUCUAAGUAAAAAUGAUUUGUAUUUUAUAGUGACUAUUUGUACAAUUAAAAAUUUGAUUUUGUGUGCGUGAGAAGGAUUCCUUGGUAGUGUGCAGGGCACCAUCUCACAUGUACUGUUUGUCUUAUUUGGAUUGACAAACAGACUAACACUAUUCUCUUUGAUUUAAAAAAAAAAAAAAAAAACAACUUACAAUGUUGAUAUGAUCAAAGUGUAACCACUAUAAAUAUUUGGGAAAAGAAGCUUAAAAAGACCUUAAGCUGGCACUGUGAAGGACACCAUGGUAGACUUUUUUUUUCUUUGUAAAUUUAUUUUGUAUUUAAUGAAAUGCAGUAUGAAGGCUGGUGAAGUGUAAUAUAAUUGUGUAAACAAACAAAUCCUGUUAAUAGAGAGAUGUACAGAUUCGUUUUGUACUGUAUCUUGAAACUUGUGAAAUAAAGACUCCACCUCUGGUU